GGCGUAGAGAAGUUUUUCCGAAGUCCCCUUUGGGCUGGGCAGUUUUUCCUUCCCGAGCCUGCUACCUCCUGCGGCUUCUCCAGCUGCCAGCGACUCGGUGGAGUUGCAUCUCCCUCCGCCUGUCCCCGACCUCUCCCUCUCGUCCGACGAGGAACCAAGAACAUCUGGCAAGAUUUUGGAAGAACUUAAGACAGUCUGAAAGAGUUGGGCACUGAGGGUUAAGUGACUUGCCCAGGGUCACACAGCUAGAAGCAGAAUCCAGGUGAAAAAGAGCAGUCAUGGCUGCCAGACCCCUGCCAGAGACACUCCUAGAAGAACUGACCUGCAGUAUUUGUGUGGAGUGCUUGAAAGACCCAGUCAGCAUCCCCUGUGGCCACAGCUUCUGCCAAGUCUGUAUCACUGAGCUAUGUGACUACUGUAAGACCCACAACCAGCUCUCUGCAUCCUGUCCAAUUUGCAAGAAGUCUUUUCAAAAGGAAAACAUCAGUCCCAAUUGGGUGCUGGCACAACUAGUGCCCAGCCUUCUCCACUUAGAACUCUCAGAGAAGCAAUCAGAAGAUUCUAAGCAACUGGCGGAUUACCAGCUUUGCAAGAGGCAUGGGGAAAAGACCUUUUUCUACUGUGAAACAGAUGAGCAAUUCUUGUGCUUUGUGUGCAGGGAGCUCCGGGAACAUAGCACUCAUGUUGUCCUGCCAGUAGAGGAUGCUGCCCAACCCUACAAAGAUGAAAUUCAGAGACAGCUGGAAAGUCUGAAGGAAGCCAAAGAAAAAUUUAUGCAUUUGAAAGGAACUGACACAUUCCAGGCACUGCUGUAUCAGAUCCAAGACAAAAAACUAAGAAUUGUGUCUGAGUAUCAGCAGUUCCGGGAGUUUCUUGAUAUACAGGAACAGUUCUUCUUGGCCCAGGUAGAGGAGCUAGAGAAGGACAUCACCUGUCAGAAGGAGCAGCAUGUCAAACAAGUCUCUCAAAAAAUAUCUCAUCUUGAAGAAUUAAUAAAUAAAAUGGAGGAGAGAGUUUCUCAGACCCCAAGUGAAAUCCUCAAGAUCAGAAAACAGUUGGAAGAAAGGUGGGAGAAAGAACAGGUCUUAACCCCUAUCACCACAUCCCAACACCUAGAAGAGAGAGUAUAUGCAUUCACUGGAAAAAUAGAUGCCUUGGAGGAAUCCAUGAGAAGUUUCAAAGCUCCGUGGCUACCACUUCACCUUCAGAACAAGACAAUUAAGAAAGAGAUGUGUCACAUGGUAGAGCAGAUGUUGUACCAACUUGCCACUGAAAUAAUAACCCAAUCCAUGCUGAAAGAUAGUCUAGGAGUCAUUCCUGAAGCAGAUGUUUCUGAGAUACUAGAAAUGGUGGUCCUGGGAAAAUUAAAAGAAAUAUCUUCCAAAUUGAGAAUGAAAAUGAAGACGAUGCCCUUUAAAGUAGCUGUGGUUGGAAAUGUUUUCCUGAGUAGUUCAUUCAUCAAAACUCUGCUUCCUCUUACUAGUCAGGGAAACAUGAGAGGUUUUUCUUUCUUCGAUGAUGUGAUCCCCUACGUAGCAGAGUGGCAAGAGCUACCAGAUGUUGAGACAUACGGGAAACCGGUAACAACUUACCUGAAAGAGUUAGAUUGUGACCGUUUUGAUGUUGUCAUCAUUAUUGCUUCUAUCCACAUUGAAUCCAUUCAUACCAGUCUAGCAAUAGAGCUCUGCAAUAUGGGGAAGAAGGUCUACUUCAUUUCAAUGAAAAUACAGCCCAUUUCAGUGAACAUACAUCCCAUCUCAGCAUCCCCAGGUGUAAAGUUAAAUCUUAGAAAUACAAAGCUAUUUGUUCAGAACCUGGAAAGGAUAGGUAUAAGUAAUCCUCAAGUAUUCAUGAUAUCUGUCAUGAAUGAUGUAUCUGACUUUGCAACUUUUUCUAGUGCCCUGAAGGCAUUUCAAAAUCAGAGGAGGAUAAAGGCUCAGAUGUUGAUGGAAUGCCUACCUCAAAUCUAUGUAGGUGCCAUUGAGAGGAAGAAGACUGCCUUGCAGGGGAUAAUUGGAGUAGAAUCUUUGAUGGUUGCCCUACAGAUCACUGCCACUUCUGGGGAUCUAGCCCAGCUCAGGACCUGUCUGAGUCAUUAUCAAAGGUUCUUUGGGGUGGAUGAUCUUUCCCUAACCAAUCUGGCUCAGAUGCUUGGUUGGAACAUAAAGGAAUUACUGGGCAUCACUAGGUCCUGGAAUUUGCAGACACUUAUAGAAGACAAUCAAGAGUUAGCUAUUAUCAUAGCCAGGAAGGUUGCAGUUGCAAAGCUUCUUCGCCAAUACAGUUACCAAAGAUUAUAUAAACAAGCUUAUGACAUACAUAACUAUUUUCUUGAAAUAGUGGCCAAUGAUGCGAUGAUGAUCCUUAAUAAAAUAUUUCUGGAGCUGUCUUACGAAGCCAGGUGAUCUUGCAGGUCUCUGAAACCAUGACCAAUCCCCUGCAAUUUUACUUCCAUCCAAAAUCAUUCCUUGUUCAUCUUCCAAGUACUGCAAACAAAGAACUUUUUUGGAACUCCAUAUCAUUUUCAUAGAAGACUGAAGUAAUUUGUGGUUUUUGUACCCAAGGCAAACUAACCACUUGGUUUCAAGGGCUGCUAACAUUUCUUCUGUUCCAAAGUUGGUUUUCCAAUCCCACGGUGAAGUUUCAUGAGAAUACAUGACCUCUAAUCCAUACCAUUAUCAUUAUCUUAAAAUACAAAGAAGAGAGCAGUGAGAAGUCAAAAGAGGACAUGGAGGGCAGCUAGGUGGCACAGUAGAUAGAGCACCAGCCCUGGAUUCAGGAGGACCUGAGUUCAAAUCCGGCCUCAGACCCUUGACACUUACUAGCUGUGUGACCCUGGGCAAGUCACUUAAUCCCAAUUGCCUCCCCAAAAAACAAACAAACAAACAAACAAAAAAAGAGGACAUGGAUAAGCUGGGGAGUUUUAUUGUUAUGUUAAAUUUCAUAUACAUUUUAAACUAACACUGAAAGUUUAGAACUACAUACACAAUCAUCUUUUGUGUUCUUUGUAUAUUGAA